AAAUCCUCAAGCUCUUGAAAUCGCAGCUUUUGCUCUAUUCGAUUCGGCGACUCGUCAUCCAGGCUAUGCACACUCCGCCGUCGUCUACCACUAUAUACUCCGACGUCUGACGUCUCUCAUUAGGUCAUUAGGUCAUAUAAAACCAUAUAAGUCGAAUCGUCGAGCUCAUUAGGUCACAAGGAUGCAAGUGCGACGAAGAUGUCGCUUUAUCGGUUAUCAAAACCUAGGGGAAGAACUCCAUGCCGGACCGAGCUCUUGAUGUAUUCCAACGAAUGGGGGAGAUUUUUGGGUGCGAGCCUGGGGUCAGAUCUUAUAAUACUCUGCUCAAUGUGUUCGUAGAGGCGAAACAAUGGGAUAAAGUGGAGUCCUUGUUCGCCUACUUCGAAACAACGGGUUUGGCGGCAACUCUGCAGACGUAUAAUGUUUUGAUUAAGAUGUCAUGCAAGAGGAAACAGUUCGAGAAAGCUAGAGGGUUUCUUGAUUGGAUGUGGAAAGAAGGGUUGAAGCCUGAUGUGUUUAGUUACAGCACUGUGAUUAGCGAUCUUGCGAAAGCUGGAAAAGUUGAUGAUGCACUGCAACUGUUCGAUGAAAUGUCUGAGAGAGGAUUAGCACCUGACGUUACGUGUUAUAACAUCUUAAUUGAUGGGUCUCUCAAGGAAAGAGAUCACAUCAUGGCUAUGAAGACAAACUGUUGGUGGACUCUUCUGUUUAUCCUAAUGUUAAGACUCACAACAUUAUGGUUAGUGGUUUGAGCAAAUGCGAAAGAGUAGAUGUUAACAUCUAAUGGGACCACAAGGAGGAGCACUUGGUGAUGCUCGACUAGUUUUUGAUGGGAUAGUGGAUCCUAAUACAGUUUGCUGGACAUGUUUGUUUUCUGGCCAUGUGAAGGCUGGUUUGCCAGAGGAAGCCGUCGCGGGGUGAAGGCCAUCGGCCUGACCAUUUAGCUUUUGUGACUGUCAUCAAUACGUACAUCAGUUUAUGCACGUCUAUUGUUUGGGGAGAUGCCAAGCCCAGAUGUGGUCGCGUGGAAUGUAAUGAUUCCAGGGCAUGGCAAAAGAGGAUGUGAGACUGUGGCUAUUGAAUACUUUCUCAAUAUGCGGAACUCUGGUGUUAAGUCCACCCGUUCUACCUUAGGAAGCGUUUUGAGUGCCAUUGGAAUUGUAGCAAAUCUUGAUUUAGGUUUGGUAGUUCAUGCAGAGGCUAUAUAUUAAACAAGGCCUCGCCUCCAAUAUAUAUGUUGGCAGUUCUUUGGUUACCAAUGUCGAGAAAGGUGGCACAACCAUUUGAAUCCUGAUAUUAACAAGGAUGCUUGGACCUCAGAGGAAGAAGUAGCUCUCAUGAAUGCUCAUCGAAUCUAUGGAAACAAGUAGGCUGAAAUAGCCAAGGUCUUACCCGGCAGGUACUUUGCUCUGUUUCUUUAUUUUCCUUUUCUUUUUAUAUAUUUUUGGAUUAAUGUUAAAAAGCUGUGAUUAAUCCAAAGAAUAAUUUGCAACUCCUCACAUGAAUGAGUUCGGUGUUUUUAUUGGUUAUUCAAAAAGGAAAUACAACAAAAAAAAAAAAAGGAAAAAUAAAAGAAACAGAGCAAAGUACAUACUAAUAUUGUAUCUCUCUAUUGAGAACACCUUCCACAGCCGCCAUGAAUGGAGAAGAGCCACGACGACGACGACGGAUGACAAUUCUGAUGCUUCCUAAUGAUUUGGUAUAUAACUGCUUAGCCCGCGUCUCAAGAUUGUAUUACCCAAUUCUCUCUUUAGUCUCCAAGAGAUUCCGCUCUCUCCUUGCUUCAACGGAACUUUAUCAGACCCGAACCCUCCUAGGCCGCACCGAGUGUUGUCUUUAUGUUUGCUUACGGCUACAUAGCGGCACUCAGACACUACGUUGGUUCACUCUCUCUCGGGAACCAAUCAACUCCACAAAGACGCUGGUCCCGAUUUCAUCUCCUAAUUCUCCAUCUGCAUUGUGGUCGGAUGCUGUAAUGGUUGGUCCUAACAUCUACGCUAUUGGAGGAUUAGUGAAUGAUAACGCUUCGUCUAGCGUCAUGGUCAUGGAUUGUCGUUCUCACACAUGGCGUGAGGCACCACCUAUGCGUGUGGCCCGUGAGUUCCACUCUGACACAUGGCGUGAGGCACCACCUAUACCUAUGCGGACGUACCGUGAGUUCCUCCACUCUGCUUGCGUCCUUGAUGGGAAAAUUUAUGUACCAGGAGGUUCCGAAGAUCUUGAUUUGACGAAUUGGAUGGAGGUUCUUGAUACCAAGACCCAAACGUGGGAGUUUUUUCAGAUCCCUAGCAAGGAGAUAUUUGAAGGCUCUAAGUACUUAACCGCAGUGUAUGAAGGAACUUUCUUUGUGAAAUGUGUCUACAAGCAUGUGAUGUACAAGGUGCACAAAGGUAGAUGGAGAGCGGCAGACAUAAUUCUAAAGGAUAGUUGGGGUGAUCGUCGGUAUUCAUGUUAUUGUGUGAUAGAGAACGUCUUCUACCGUUAUAAUGAUAGCAAGAUCAAUUGGUAUGACUUCAAUGAUAGAGUACGGAAAACUUUGAAGGGUUUUGUAGGAUUGCCUAGUUUAACAAGAUUCUCUCUCGCUAAAAUGGUGGAUUAUCGUGGGAAAAUGGCUCUUCUGUGGGAAGAGCAUGUGUUUGUUGACAACCGUAAAGAGACAAGAUUCUGGUGUGCGGAAAUUGCGAUUGAAAAACGCCAUAAACAAGAGAUUUGGGGAGUGGUAGAAUGGUCAGGCGUUGUGUCUACAACCAGUAAGCCAUAUAGUUUAGCGCAUGUUCUUGCUACUACCAUUUGAUGAAUAAGUCAUGCAUUAUUAUUAUGUGAAUUAUUAAGGAAUAUGAUCACUUUUGUUUUCAU